ACGACAACAUGGCAGAUUGGGAGGAAAUUCGACGUCUGGCUGCUGAUUUUCAAAGAGCACAGCUGAGCUCCACUGUUCAAAGAUUAUCUGAGAGAAACUGUGUGGAAAUAGUCAACAAACUUGUGGAGUUGAAACUCAUAGAUGUUUUACACACCCAAGAUGGAAAGGAAUACAUUACACCUCAGAAUCUGUCAAAGGAAAUCAGAGAUGAGCUAUUUGUUCAUGGUGGACGCAUCAAUCUGGUUGAGCUACAACAAAUCCUGAAUGUGGAUUUCAGUCAUGUGGAGAGUAAAGUCAGUGAGAUCGUCAGACAUGAUAAAAACCUGACACUCAUUCUUGGUCAGCUUAUUGACAUGACUUAUCUGGAGCGUUUGGCUGAUGAAGUGAAUGACCGUCUUCAGGAGCAAGGUCAGGUCACUAUUGCUGAGCUGGCCAAACUGUAUGACCUUCCUGGACAGUUUCUCUCAGAGGUGAUUUUAGAGCAAGUGGGCAAUACGAUUCAUGGACAUGUGGACAAUUACAACCGUGAUGUGCUUUAUACCGAUGCGUUAGUAGCAAGACAUAAGUCUAAAAUUCAAGGAGCAUUCAGCGCUGUUACCAGACCCACAUCUGUGCACAGUGUAAUGCAUCGGUAUGGCCUACAGGAACGUCUUUUCCAUUCCGUGCUUGAGGAGUUGGUGAGUUCAAAGAGGUUGGCAGGUUCAGUUUCUGGUGGCAGACAGGAGAAGGCCACAUAUAUCCCUGAUAUUUACACUAAAUCACAAAACAACUGGAUCGACUCUUUCUAUAAGCAGAAUGGGUAUCUAGAGUAUGACAGUGUUCGUCGACUUGGAAUUGGUGAUGCCAAGAGUUUUAUCCAGAAGAGGUUCAAGGGUGAACCUAUACUGUAUCUGAGUUCGUGCUGUGCUGGCAAGUCGCUACAGGAGCAGGUAGAAGCCAGUGUGGAGGAGUCACUGUCGCAGGGAUUAUGGAUUGAUAUCAUGCCCCUGUUACCGUCGGUGUUUUCAACAGAAGAUGCCUCGAUACUGCUGACUGGCUGCCUCAAGAAACACCCAGAUGCUGUGUUAUUCUGUGAUACCAUAGCUGCUAGUAACAAAUUCAUCACGGAGUGUAGCAAGUCAUUUACCCAUCUCAUCAACAAGAAAGCUGACAAGGAGGCUAAGAAUAACCCGUCUCUGUUCACCUCGACCAGUCAGGCCGGUGGUGCUAAGGUUGAGGAUGGGAGGGAGGAUAAGAAGGAGCAGAGGAGGAAGAGGGCAGCAGCAGGGAGUGGGAGUACCAAGAGUGGAGGUGGAGCCCAGGGGAGGGAGAUCAAAACCAAGUCUACCAAGAAGAAGGGAGGGAAGAGACAGGAACGGGAGGAUAGUGAUGAGGAGGGGUCGUCCGCUGUGUCAGACAGACUCCCCAGGGUAGAACUGGAGUUCCUGCGUGUGGAGGAGAUAGAAGAGGAGCUGAAGAAGCAGCCCUUCACCAGUGAGUGUCCAGAAGACUUCAUGACAGAAAUAGCCAGACAGCUAUAUAGACCACUUUCUAAACAGUAUCAGGAAACGGCCAAGUCCAUAUUCCUCCAGUCUGCAGGUGCGGCCACAACAUCCUCUCGCAAGAAAACACAUGGGGAGCUUCAGGAGAAAAUAUCAGGAUUGUGGACCAAUGCCAGGCUUUUCGAGAAAGGAAUUAAAUUUUUUUCAGAAGAUACACAGUCACAGCUGAUCAAGCACCUGCUCAGGACAGUUUGCUCUGACAUCACUAACCUGGGUCUUAGUGCCCUGGCCACAGACAACAUGCUGUCUGUUACAGAUGAGAAUAGCCUUACUCCAGAGGCUCGUUCAAAGCUGAUUGGUAAAUUACCAGAGAAGCCGCAGGCAAUGAUGAGCAAACUAAAUAACACACUGGGAGGAAAGAGUUUGGAAGAGUUUUUCACUCAAUUUGAUGCACUUUGCAGUGAAUAUUUGGGAAUUAUGCUCAAGAAGCCAGAUAAAAAAAAAGAAAGACAGUUGGUGUUCACUCACCGUCAGGGACUAGCUGAACAGUUACAACGGGAAGACGACCCUGCCAUGACCCUUCAUCUGACCGUGACGAUCCUAUUCCAGACCUUCACACAGACCAUGGUCCACGCACCGGGCAGAGUCGUUCCUCAGAUUAUGCAGUUCUUAGAGGACAAGAUGGAGAAGCCAACUCAUGAAGUUCUCACUCAGUUUCAAGACCUGGUGGUGAGUCACAUGAAGAUGGGUGAGGAGGAGAAAGAGGCCAAAGCCAGAUUAUGCGCCACCAUGUCAGAGAUGAUACCACAAGUCAGGGUCAUUGCCUUGACAACCAAAAGGUCAACACAGACCACAGAAAAUGAUUAGUCCAUGUGUGUUGCAUCAAUAUCACUAUAAAUCUGCAGGUGUAAAGCAGUUAGGGUACAAGCUAAGGUUAAUCUAAAUACACAUUUACUCACAGGGCUAUGAAAGCCACAUCAAGCUUUCAUUUUUGUUUUGUCUCAAAAUGUGCAGCAUUUACAAAUUUUACUACUGGUUUCUUUUUAGAACCACAUGAUUUUUCUUCUGCUAAUCAGUAGGCAUGAGAAGUUUCCUGUUUUGGAGGAAAUCUUUUCUUUUUUACAAAAACGUUCUAUUUAGAAAAAUAUUUUUUUUCAUGCCAUUGUCUGAUUACUGAAUUAAUCAUGAUUUAAUGUUGCUAUCACAGUAAUCUCAGUGAUAUCGUGACUACAUCAUCUUGUAACAAGCAUGCCUUAACAGGGAUUUAUUUGUAGUGCUGCCUCAAUGGAACACCAUGCAGAAGGGUAUGAUACAUGUACAUGUAUCGCACCCAGUCAAAUUAUACUGAAACCAUGCAGACCAACGCUUGGCCUAGCAAGCACUAAACACCAAGACGAUUCAAGAUCUUUAGGCAUCACCGAAGGUGGAACACAUGUUUCCAGGUUAAGAAUCUGACAGUAACUUGUUUGAAAAUGUAAUGAAAAGUAUUUUUGGAGACCAAUAUCUCCUUUGGGUACUGUGUAGUGGAAUUUGAUCAUGAUGUCACUUUCCUCAAACUAAGCAGGGACUGAGAAUCCUGUCUUUUCUAUGUUUUUUUUGGAAAGCUUUGCUUUGUAGAAGCUCAAUCAUGUACUUUCAUUUUUUCAGCGUAGCUUUCCUGCAGAGGAAAAAUAGAGUUAUUAUAAUUUCAUCUGUUACACAUGAUUUUUAACACUUUGUAACAAUAGUGUACCUAUCAGAAUCAUACUGGCAUUCAAGAAGUAAUUUGAAUAAUUUCAAUGUGAUUGUAUUGAAGUACCAUAUUGAACAUAGUUAUUCUCUGUGGGUGUCAAAAUGAGUGAUGUUGAGCAUCAUUGUAAAAUAUUGAUAAUCACUUUCUGUUUUCAACUUUGAUUUGUACAGAAUUGAAUUAUUAAGGAGCAUGAUUCAGUAUUCUUAAGUUGUUGCCUUAAAAUGCAUGUAUCAUGUUUCACUCAAAUGUGAAAUAUUUAGCAGUCAGAUUAUUACCGGUAUAUCAUUUCUGAGAAUAAAUGUAUAUUCGUUGUCUAUCCAGGGUGUUGUUUUCUUGCUGGUAAAUGUAUGGGGUAUUGUUUAUUUCAUAGUAAAUUGGUCAUGAACACAACUGUCAUCCUCAUCAGUAAAUACAUUAAUACAUGUUCAAUUUCCGACACUGAAAUAAGUAUCUCAAGACCAGUGAAACUCACACCUUAAGGCGCAAAGCCUCCGUG